CUGCCAGCUGAAGGAACCUCCUCCGUCCUCCGCCCGCCUACCUGAGAAGAGAGAGAGAGAGAGAGGAUGAGAGAGGGCGCGUUUGGCAGAAAAGCUACAGGAGCCGAGAGAAGAAACUAAAAGACAUUCAUUCAUCUCGGUGGAACCAACAGAGAGGAAGAGAGAGCGACUUUUUUUUUUUCCUUCCCGGGACAACACUUGGCAGAAGAAAUCAGAACCAACUGCGGAAAGAAGGCGCAACAACUCCUGCUCAGGAUAACUGCCCCCGCUUGGAAGGGCAAAGGCUAGAGGACUUUAGGGAAGAGAGAAACAGCUCUGGAGUUUUCCCUGGGACCUUGCAAGAAAGACAAGAAGGAAGACAGGGAGGUUUUGAAGGCGAACUUCCCUCCGGACUGGAGGACGUGGACCAGGCACCGCCUCGUUGGCUGUGGCAUCUGAUGAUAAAAAGAAAGAAUUGCUAAGGUUCCUGCCAGGCAAGCUGUCGAAUGAAGUAUCUACUCGUACCUAUAACCCCAGCUGAGGAAGUAAGUGACAGGAGGAGCACAGCGGAAAGACCAACAUAGGGACAUCAAUAAAAGAAAUAGAAAGGAGAACAUUGUCCUUAAGGUGGUCAGCUUCGUGUCACUGAAAGACGGCACUUGGAAGAUUCAAAGGUUUGCCAACUACAUUCUUUAAAGGACCCAAUCUAAAUCUGGAAGCUACCCUGGCAUGGCAAUGCGGAUUUCAUGCAGAAUGGACAGAGCAAAGAAGUGGCUUGGACCGAGUAUAUCCUUAAGUUUUUACCUAAUGAUGAACCUUGUUACUACUGUAUUAUCUGGAAGCACCAGACCACCCAGCAAAAGCCAAGGUGAUAGUCCUUCAGACAACAUGCUUCUACAUCAGCGAAUGAAGAGGAGCUGGGUAUGGAACCAGUUCUUUGUUUUGGAAGAAUAUACAGGAACUGAUCCUUUAUACGUGGGAAAGCUCCAUUCUGAUAUGGACAGAGGAGAUGGAUCAAUCAAAUAUAUUCUUUCAGGAGAAGGAGCAGGCGUUGUGUUUACCAUCGAUGAUACAACUGGGGACAUCCAUGCCAUACAAAGACUAGACAGAGAAGAAAGGUCCCAGUAUACACUAAGGGCUCAGGCCUUGGACAGACGGACAGGAAGGCCAAUGGAACCAGAAUCUGAAUUUAUCAUCAAAAUCCAAGAUAUCAAUGACAAUGAACCAAAGUUUCUGGAUGGACCGUAUGUUGCUUCAGUACCAGAAAUGUCACCAGUGGGCACCUCUGUUAUCCAAGUGACAGCUACAGAUGCUGACGAUCCUACCUAUGGGAACAGUGCCAGGGUCGUCUACAGUAUUCUCCAAGGACAGCCAUAUUUCUCCGUGGACUCCAGAACAGGCUUAAUUAGAACGGCAUUAAUGAAUAUGGACAGAGAAGCAAAAGAAUAUUACGAAGUUAUAAUCCAGGCCAAAGAUAUGGGAGGGCAGCUGGGAGGAUUAGCUGGGACAACUAUUGUCAAUAUCAGUCUCUCUGAUGUAAACGACAACCCACCUAGAUUUCCACAGAAACAUUAUCAGAUGAGUGUAUUGGAGUCUGCUCCAGUCAGCUCUACGGUCGGCCGAGUUUUGGCUAAAGACUUGGAUGAAGGCAUUAAUGCUGAAAUGAAAUACAGCUUUGUUGAUGGAGAUGGACUGGAUGUCUUUGAUAUCACCACCGAUCCUACUUACCAAGUCGGUAUCAUCACUGUGAGAAAGCCACUGAGCUUUGAGAGCAAGAAAACAUAUACUUUAAAAGUAGAGGGUGCUAAUCCUCACCUGGAAAUGCGUUUCUUGAACCUAGGCCCGUUCCGCGACACCGCAACUGUGCAUAUCACUGUGGAGGAUGUGGAUGAGCCCCCAGUCUUCGAGCCUAGCAUUUAUUUUGUGGAGGUACCUGAAGAUGUGGACAUUGGGACCACCAUACAAAUUAUACAUGCCAAGGACCCUGAUGCGACCAACAACUCUAUCAGGUACUCCAUUGAUCGAAGCAGCGAUCCUGGACGUUUCUUUUACGUUGACAUUGCAACAGGGGCUCUGAUGACUGCACGACCACUGGAUCGGGAAGAUAUUUCGUGGCACAAUAUCACUGUGCUGGCCCAUGAGCUGAACAGUCCUUCACACGUUGGCAGUGUUUCAGUCACAAUAAGAGUCCUUGAUGUGAAUGACAAUGCUCCAGAAUUUCCCAGGUUCUACGAGGCCUUUGUGUGUGAAAAUGCAAAAGCUGGACAGCUGAUUCAGACAGUAAGUGCGGUAGACCAAGAUGACCCACAGGAGGGACAACACUUCUACUAUAGCUUGGCUCCAGAGGCAGCUAACAACCCCAAUUUUACUCUAAGGGACAAUCAAGACAACACAGCUUGGAUUUUAACCAGGAGAUCCGGCUUCCGGCAGCAUGAGCAGAACACCUUUUACCUUCCUGUCCUGAUAGCUGAUAAUGGACGGCCCAUGUUGAGUAGUACAGGGACAGUAACCAUUCAUGUUUGCAGCUGUGAUGACAAAGGUCUUGUGAUGUCCUGUAAUGCUGAAGCCUAUGUGCUCCCUGUGAGCCUGAGCAGAGGAGCCCUCAUUGCCAUCCUUGCCUGUAUCUUCGUCUUACUUGUGUUGGUGCUGCUGAUCUUAUCCAUGAGAAGACACAGGAAGCAGCCUUACAUUAUAGAUGAAGAGGAGAACAUCCAUGAAAACAUUGUCCGCUACGAUGAUGAAGGAGGAGGCGAGGAAGACACAGAGGCUUUUGACAUUGCUGCCCUGUGGAACCCUAGAGAGGCCCAAAUGGUGAUGAAGAACAGACAGGACAUGAUGCCAGAAAUUGAGAGCCUUUCCAGAUACGUGCCUCAGGCCUGCACAAUGGAUAGCAGCGUCCAUAGCUAUGUGUUGGCCAAGCUCUAUGAAGCUGACAUGGACCUCUGGGCUCCUCCCUUUGACUCGCUCCAGACAUAUAUGUUUGAAGGGAAUGGCUCGGUGGCUGAGUCUCUCAGUUCCUUACAAUCCGUGACCACGGACUCUGAGCAGAGCUAUGACUAUCUGACAGACUGGGGGCCACGUUUUAAAAAGCUGGCCGAAAUGUAUGGCGCCACAGAAGGGAGUGGGGCACUUUGGUAACCAAGAAGGAAAAGGCUGGGUACUAAGAGUGCUCAGGCGCAACGGCCAUUCCGAAUUGGUUCUCAUCAGCUCGAGGGACUGGGAUGAGGUGGCCUCCAACAAAUAGCAAUACGGUGCUUGAGGGAGAAUGCAGAAGUGGAGUGCGGAUAAACGAAUGCUCUCUCUGGAUCAGCUUUACUCAGUUACAUUAAUCUACACUUGUAAACGGUGACAAACAGAAAAGGGGUGGGAGAAGUUAUUUCCUGGGUAUGGAUUUAGUUUUGUUUGUUUUUAAUGGCUACACUUGAACCCAUCUCUCCUGGACUAGAAUGCCAUUAUCAUCUUUUGCUGAUCGUUUCUUCUUCUUUAUAAACACACACACACAACAUCUUAAUCAGUUUCUUACAGUUGGGGGCCACGACCCAUAAUUUUCAGUUUGCAAGGAAAUUGUCUGCAGAAAGCCUUCCCCAACAUGGAUGAUACCCUCCUUUCUUGUCUGUUUGAAAAAUGUUGGCAAAGUCAAGAAGGCACAAAACAGAACAAAAGAAAACAUGAAAUCAGGGGUUCAAUCACCAGCGAGAAUCCUAUAGCCCUUCAAUAGGGACUGACCUUUUUUUGCCACCUUGCUUAGCAAAAGGAUUUCAUUGGUGCACAGGAGAGGACUGAAGGAAAAGCAUUGAGUUGUACUCAGUCAAAUAACACCUGACCUGUGUGUUAUAUGCAUUAAUACUAAUAUAUCGAUCCUCUCUCCUCAGCUCUCAAAAGUAUGGUUCCAAUUUAAACCAGAAAAAAAUGCCUCUUUUUUGCACUGUAGAUAUUUCUUCCAUGUGCCAAAUGUGAAAACCAGAUGCUACCAAUUAAAGCCAAAUAGAGUUCCUUAAAAUCAAAUAACACUGAUAUUGAUAAGGGGUCAGAGGGGCUUUCCCAAUGAUAUGAGAUCAAACUGAGGGAAGUUUACACUGUAGGUAAUCUACUUGAACAAAUGCAGUAUUAUAGAGGAAUAAAUGGAUGUAAUAAAUAUUCCAUAUAUAAGUUUUGUAUAUUUGUUAAUAAUUUUGGUAAUAAAUAUCAUGUACUGGAGACAGUACAGUAUCUUAGAACCUCUUUUAAUAAAAGUUAAAUUGAAGGAAAACAAA